AUGAAGCGUUCAAUUCCUGCGUCAGAGGGCCAGAGCCUAGCUUCAAGCGUGACCGCACACGCUCAUGCGGCUAAGAAGAGGCCGCUUCAUCUUACGGCUGCCGAGCAGAGGGCCUCGAAGCGGAGGCAGCACACUACUGCAUAUCCCCUCCGACGUGAUGAGGUGAAGAUUCGGAUCGGGAGCCAAGAGAAACGACCUGGGGAUAGCUCGAGCCUCAGCAAGUCCAUCGCCGCACAUUCGGCCCGCAAGUCGGGUGGAGGAGUCAACCGCCCAGGUCGGAAGGGAUCACGGUCUUCAGAGCCAGUAAAAGAACCGUCAAGUGAUCGGAGUGACCGAACCCAGCCAUAUUGGCGGAUUUCGAGCGAUGCCGAAGGCCGCCUCUUGGCCACUUCUUUACCCCUGUUGUCUCAUCCAGUUGCAGCACGCCCAGUCCCGGGUGCUCUUUUUCUUUUUGAGGGCUUCGAUUCCCAGAAUACUGGUAGCGCCGUAGCACAGGUUGGACGCAUCGUUUCCCCUGUGCCACCCUCAGAGAGAAUCGAGAACCGCAAGUGGCGAGAUUGGCUCGAAGAACCUCGGAGCGCCAUCAGCAGCCAUGUCGCGGUUGAGGGAAGUCAGGAAUCAUUCGAAUACAAAAUUAGUCCCGGAGUCAGUGAGAUGCCUCCACCUGGGCGAGAUGCCGUCCAGUCUCUUACCAUAGACGGACUUUCGUUGGAGGACGGGAGCCCUGAUGAAUCACGACUUGGCAGCCAACCACCCAGUUCAAGCGACUCAUCGGAAAUGCUAAAGCAGCUUGAUGAACUCCUUGCCAGACUCCGUCGGCUCGAGGACUUCGGCUCGCCGUUGCCCCGUCUGCCAUCAUUUGGCUCUUCAAGCGUGCUGGCCGCGGAUGACGACAGGCAGUUUCAAAAUUCGGGGAACCAAGAAGAGAAUACGGUGGUGAGGAUGGGGGAGGGUGAUGCCCAGAAUGAAGGCAAAUUGCCGAGCAGCAUUCAGCCUUCAGAGCAAGGAAGUGUAGGUGUCAGCAGUGAUAAACUGGGAUCUCCCGAGUGCGUCUCUGUCACGGGCUCACCCACACAUCCACCAUUGGCUGCUCAACAAACAGACGUCGCCUCAGAGAGUGAUGACCCAGACGAGGCGUGGAAAACAUUUCUCUUUGGGGAUCAGGCGAGCGAUGAGCUUGAAAAAGCAGCCUUUGAGGAGGCCAGGCAGGACGCCGCACGACUUUUGAGGCCAUCCGAUUCUUCAACUUACUCGGAUGAGAAACCAGACUCCCAGCAUCACAGUAACCUUGCGACAGCCGGCAGUUUGUACGCCUAUGAUGACGAAACAACAUCUGAUUCCACUGGAGGCCGACUACCCAACGACAAUUCUGCAAGCAUGCAAGUUGCCCCCAGCAACUCGCCCGCCGGAACGGACUUACCGCCCAUGUUGGAUAGCUCGGACGGGAUUUGCCAAGCUCCGAGCCUUGAGGUGAACGCAGACCACAGCAUUGGUCCGGUGCCCCUGUCUUCGACCGAUGUGUCGUGUGCUACUGGCUCGAUAUCUGCACAUGAUGUGGAGAGUCGCGGACUUAGUUCGGACGCUGAUGCCUCGACGACAACUUCAAUGGCAGUCGUUCCACCUCGUUCUAAGUUUGGGGUUAGCGAAGCAUCUGCACAAGUAGACCACUUCCGCUUUGCCCCUCCCAAGCUCUUUGUCGGUCGCCGUUCAGAUUCGCGAGUCGCCAAAAAAGCCGGCCUUGGAAUUGGGUUAACAAAACGGCAGAGAGGCCGGCCCAGAAAGCGGGCUGGCGACGGCCGGGUAGAUAUUCGAGCCCUGCCUAACUACACCAGUGAUCCAAUCGAGGAUUUUGAAGACAAGACCCAGCAACCCAAGUCAAUAUUCCCAGCGCUUGAGCUGGCUUGA